UGAGAAUAGUAAACUACACCUUAAAUUAUUUGUGAUUUUCAAUACAAAGGCGACUAAUCUUAAUGAAAAUGAAGACUUAGGUCACUGGUCUUACAAUGCAGGCAGCCAUACUUGGAGUUUUCGUGUUUGGUGUUCUAGCUGACAUUGCUGCAAGUCAAGGUAACAGGGGCCAGGUUCUUGAUGAAUUUAUUGACCCGACCCGAAAAGUACCUUUUUGUCUUUAAAGAGGAGUCUUACGUUAGAACAUCCUGUUGAAGAACUCAUAUUGGCAAACAGUAAAUGGCCGCCAUGAAUACCGACUCGCAAUGGCCUGUGCGGGAGUUCCGCGGUGUUUGGGUGGCUACGGUUGCAAACAUUGAUUGGCCAUCUUCCCGCCAUUUAUCCACCUCUCAACAGCAGCAUGAACUUGACCUCAUUAUUCAGACAGUGCAUCACCUGAACUUCAACGCCAUUGUGUUCCAGGUUCGAACUUCAGGAGACGCCAUGUAUAAUUCAUCACUAGACCCAUGGAGCUAUUAUUUGACUGGAACACAAGGAAAAGCAUCUAAUCCGUUUUGGGAUCCACUUGCCUACUUGAUAGAAAAGUCUCACAUCUAUGGAAUAGAAGUACAUGCCUGGUUUAACCCAUACAGAGCUCAUGCCGGGAGUAAAUCACACAGCGGAUUGGCUCCUACAAACAUGGCAAACCGUUUUCCCCAGUACGCUUAUGGUUACGGUAACAAUCUCUGGAUGGAUCCUGGCGCAGAAGACGUCCAAAACUAUAUAAUUUCUGUUUUUAAUGACGUUGUUAGACGCUACGAUGUGGACGGAAUACAUAUAGACGAUUAUUUCUAUCCUUAUCCAGUUCAAGGUCAAGCUUUUCCGGACACCCACACUUACACAGAAUACAAAUCAAGAGGAGGAACGCUUUCCUUGUCAAACUGGCGAAGAGAAAAUAUAAAUAACUUUGUACAAAGGGUGAAUAAAGAGAUACAUGCAACUAAACCGUACAUCAAAUUUGGAAUAAGUCCAUUUGGGAUCUGGAAACCAGGACACCCGGCUGGUAUUCAUGGGUUUUCAGCAUAUGACUCAAUAUAUGCGGAUUCCAGAAAAUGGCUCGUUGAGGGUUGGGUAGAUUACUUAGCACCUCAGUUAUAUUGGGAAAUAGACCCUCCUGCACAGAGUUAUCCCGCUUUGCUUGACUGGUGGUUUCAGCAGAACUCGAAGAACAGACAUGUUUACGCAGGUAAUGAGGUGGCCAAGGUUGUUUCAAAAGGUUGGAGUGUGCAAGAGAUAGCCAAUCAAAUAAAAAUAUCUAGAAAUCGUAGAAACUCAUUAAGUUUGGGAAAUAUUCAGUUUAGUAUGAAGUAUUUCAUUAAAAAUAGCCAUGGUAUAUCGGAUGCUUUUAAGGUAUUAUAUACAGCUAAAGCUCUUACACCUGAAAUGACUUGGAUGAAUGUCAGCAUUCCGGCAGUUCCAAAGAAUGUCAAAAGACAUUCAAAUUCACUUACAUGGUCACCUGACACAACUGGUGUUAAUAGAUAUUGGUCAAUAUAUAAACAGUAUGCUGACGCGUGGAAUCUCCUUAACGUAGUGAAGGCAGAUGUGACAUCAGUGUCUAACAUCGGAGAUGGGUACUAUUCAAUAAAGGGGGUGAACCGCGCUGGGAUUGAGAGCAAACCAGUUGUAAUUCAUAUCAACGGUGCUCAAGGAGUAAUUGUGGGAUGAGAAGGGAGUCAAGUGAGAAGGGACAUGAAAUGAGUAGCUAUUUUUGCGUAUUAUUUUUGUUCUGUUUUUGAUUGUUUUAAAUGUAAAAUAAAAUAUGUAAAAGAAG